AUGUCUGCCUCUCAGAACUCGUUAUAUUCCCAGGGAUUCAAUUUUGGGUCCUUUCUACAGAAGGGCGUGGACCCGCGAACUGGUCAAUAUACCUGCUCCAUUGACCUUUAUCAAUCGCCUUCUGAGUCUCGCAACUGCCCACCCUUCAAGCUCUCGCUCAGCUACAGUCCACUUAGUACCGAGAAUGUGGGCUUAGGCAGGGGCUGGUCUCUCAACCUUUCGUCAUAUAGAGAUAAAACCCUCCGUCUCUUCACCGGGGAGAGCUUCAAAGUCAUCGAGACCAGUCAAGAAUUUACCGUAUUGGAUCAGAAGUUGAGGAACUUCCAUGCCACGAAGGUCAAUAAUGACUAUGAAGUUGUGCAUAAAUCCGGAGAUGUCGAGAUUCUCUCGCAUUUCGAAGAUCUGUAUGACCGAUCGGUUCCCAUCGCACUGUACGCCCCUACCGGUCGCUCGCUGCAGUUUGAGUGGGAGCCCAAAGGAGUACAACCUCGACUCAGGAAGGUCUGCGAUGGCAACGAGUGUCUGCUAGAGAUUACGUAUGACGAUGCUGAGGUGAAGGUUACUCGUGCACCAGAUACUGUCGAAGCCAGUACCUUCACCCUUCUUCUGUCCCAUGAUCGGUUGACCGAGAUCCAUACCCCCUUGGACAGCACGCGGCCCUGGAAAUUCGCGUAUGAGUUCAUGAAUCAGUUCGCCUGCCUGAACGAGAUUACCAGUCCAACUGGCCUUUACGAAAGGAUCAACUACAAAGAGGAUGGCCAUUCCCUGCCGAGAAAUGCACCUUAUCCAACAAUCCCUUAUGUUAUUUCUCACUUAGUGGACCCCGGGCUACCGCAGGCGCAAACUGAGACACACUUUUCAUACUCGGACUAUAAUUUCCUAGGAUAUGGCGGCACCCGCGAUUGGAGCAGCGAUGGCGAUAACUUGUAUCUGUCCGCGAGUAAUUAUCAGUACAUUUCGACUGUGCAGAUCGUGGGUGGGUCAAUGACGGAGUAUACAUAUAACAAAUACCACCUCCCUGUCUCGAUCAAGGAGCAGACCGGGACCAAAACGAAAACACAAACCUUCACCUACUAUGCAGACCUGUACGCUGGCUUUGAUGAGCAAGUAGAACAAUACCAGCUGCCCAAGAGUGAGACCACAACCUACUGCGAUAAUGUGACCAAGAAGUCUCGCCAGGAAACUACCAGUUACGUCUUUGAUAUAUGGGGUAAUCCCACUCAGGAAGUCCAAUCGAACGGCAUCACGAUCAACCGUACUUAUUAUCCACCCGACGAAGCAAGGGACACCACUACAAAUGAGAUUCUUUGCCCAGAGGACCCUCAUGGCUUCCAGCGGCAUCUGAGGACAGAGACUGUGAUCCCAGGGCCAAGCAGUUACUCAACGCCGACACGCAGCCAGCAUUAUACAUAUCUCGGGAUCAAUACGGCCAGCGGUGCCAAGGCUAGCCGUUUUAUCGCAGUUAAGACGCUGGUCAGUUUUGAGGGAUCCACGACCCUAAACACCACCGAAUACGAGUACUUCAGCCAGCCAUCCUCCAGGGACCACUGCCGGAUAAAGCGCCAAGCUACCUGGAUGUCGGACGACCACCCUUCGACGCAGGAUUGGAGCUAUGAGUAUCCAGUCCGCGGACAGAUGGAACAGACCAUCACUACAACCAGUUGGGAUGGUGUCACUGUCCAGGAAAAGGCCAAUUAUUCCCUCUCUACCGGGUCCGUGCUAGCCCGCAGAGACCAAGCCGGCAUUCAAGACCGGUUCGAGUACGACAAGCUUGGCCGUAUGGUCAGAGCUACCACCGCGGUUGGUACCCCGCAGGAAAGUACACGCCACCACGAAUACACGCUCAAGGAGGACUUCGAAGCUUAUUUGACCGUCACGGACUCUAAAGGUGUCCAGACACACUACUACAUCGAUGGCUUAGAGCGAGUAACCAGGGUGGAGAAGCAAGACGACGAUGUUUCCUGGAGUCCCGGUACGCCUUACACGGGGACCUUUCGCCCGGUGCAGGAAAACACGUAUAACGCUCUGGGCCAGCGCACCGAAACCGUCGAGAUCGACUGGUUGCGAAGAAAAGGUGCAUCACCAACAGAACAGCGUAGUGUCCAAACGACGCAGUAUGACGACUGGGGAGAGGUCUGGCGAACGACUGAUAGCAGUGGCACGGUGACUAUGUCACUGGACGAUCCGAUCAGCUUGACACGAACGGAAGGCUUGGAGGGCGAAGGUCAGAACAAGACAUACUUGAACUCUUUCGGCUUGCCCACCAAGAUGGAGCUAUUAACCAAGGACGGUGUAGUGCUAAGCAAGGUGGAGUAUUUUUACGAUGGCCUCGGCCGUCUGGUUGAAGAAGAAGAUGCCUGUGGCCGCGUCACAAAGUACACACCUGACCCGUUUGACCGCAUCACUGAAACAACGUGGUCUAGCGGCCGUGUGAUUAGUGCUGAAUUUUCAGCCAAGAGCGCCGCGCUACUACCUGUCUCUAUUACUACAAAUGGCCUCACCGUGGGAGAGCAAUCCUUUGAUGGCCUGAACCGAGUAACCAAGAGGAUUGUUGGCACACGAACCGUAGAUCAAACCUACGAAGGAAGCUCUCCGGAGCCAAAGCAGAUGACUACGCAAAAGGGCGAUCAAACGAACUUCACCUAUGACCCGAACCUGGGCUAUUCCCUCACAUCUCGCACCGGCAGUGGAAGCGAGGAUAAAUAUCAAUAUGACGAGCGGACCGGGGCACCGGUACUUCUCGAGUCUACUCACAGCACGCACAACCUCCAGUACCUCCCCUCGGGUCUCUUGGACAAAGAGACCAUUCGCAUUCAUGGAGAAGAGCUUUGUGCACAAUUCACUUACUCCAUGGCCGGGAAAUUACAAGGCUACGUUAAUGUGCACAACCAGGAAUAUGAAGCCCAAUAUGACACCCACGGACGAGUCAACCAACUACUGCAGGGCACGCUGAAGGCCUCCUUUGCCUAUGACAAGACGAACAGAGUGACGCAGACGCAGGUCCAGGAUGAGCAGCGUAAUACUGGGUUCGCGACUGAUUUGACUCAUGAUGAGUUCGGCCGGGAAAUCGGUAGAACGAUUCUGAAAGCAGGGGAAAAGCUCUACCAGCUGGAACAGUCUUACAACGAGAGCAGCUUACUUAAGGAGCGUCAUCAGCGUGACGGUGAUGACAAUGUGUUACGCUCUGAGACCUUUGAAUAUGAUGACCUUAACCGUCUCACUGGCUAUACAUGCGAGGGUAGUGAUGCGCCUACAGAUGAGAAAGGCCGCCGGAUUAAGAGCCAGAACUUCAAGUUUGACGAGUUUGACAAUGUCUGCGAGGUGUCCACUACCUUUCAAGACGAGAGCCAAAAUAUUGCCAAGUAUACACGAAGCGAAACAGACCCGACUCAGUUGGCCACGAUCACAAACACCCAUGCCAGCUCUGCUGCACAUGUCGAGCUGGUAUAUGAUGAUAAUGGCUGUUUAAUCCAAGAUGAAGAGGGCCGUAAGUUGGAUUACGACAGCAUGAGCCGCUUGAUCGCGGUCCGCGAUGCAGAUGACAAUGACAAGAUCCUAAGUCAAUACGAGUACGAUGCCGUCGGAAGGCUGAUCUGUCAAAAAGUUCCUGACCAGCCUGAUACCUGGUUCUUUUACCGUGGGGACAAGCUGAUUGCGGUCAAAGCGGGAGACCGUCAGGUAAGCUACCUAGCGGACGACGAAGGGUAUUGGGGACAACUUGUCAAGGAAGGUGCAAACAUAUCAAGCCAGGUCUUUGCUUCGGAGGGCCACCAGUCUGUACUUGCUUGGCUAGAUACGGACCAGCCAGGUAAGAUCAAUUGCCAGCAGUAUACACCAUAUGGGUUCGGCGCUACGGGAUCAUCUAUCGGCUUCAAUGGACAAUGGCGUGACCCAGUCACUGGUUGGUACCACCUAGGCAACGGGUAUCGCGUCUACAGCCCAGUUCUCAUGCGCUUCCACCAGCCUGACCCGUGGAGCCCUUUCACCUCCGGCGAGAUAAAUCCGUACGCCUACUGUUUGGGCGACCCGAUCAACCGCGUCGACCCCAGUGGGCAUUUCAGUUUGUUUGGCAUCAAGUUCGGUUGGAAGGAUUUGAUCACCGCCAUUGCAGGAAUAGCAGCCAGCGUUGUUCUCGGAGUUCUCACGGGUGGUGCGUCUCUGGCAGUCCAGAUCGGCGUGAGUGUCGCGGUUGGCAUUGUUACCGAGGUUGCAACGGGAAUGAUUGGAGACGCGUUGGAUGGGAACCAGAUCACCUGGAAAAGUGUCGGCAUGGAUGCACUUGGCGGGGCAUUGGGUGGUCUCACCGGAAAGGCUGGUAAACAGGGUUUGAAGCAGGGAUUCAAAGUCGCUAAGACGGGGGUUAAAACCGCCCUUGGCCGUGCUGGCAAAGCGACAAUCACCAAGGUAGGCAAAGGGUCGGCAGAAAGGCUUACGAAGAAAACCGUCAAGAAGAUCUUCGUGAAUGCAAUGAAAAGUGAGGCCAAGCGCUUUGGAAAGGGCAAGGCAAAGGAGGGCGCAAUGAACCUGCUUACAUCAGGAGACACGGACGAUCAGUCGGACCAGGUACCUUCUUCUGCGGCCAGAGACAACAUUCGGCCUGUUCUCAAAGAUGGCGAGUACGCCUUUAGUGAUCUUAACUUGCAGCAGCCCGGCUUGUCGUCUCUGUCCAGCUACGGUGCAGGGCAGUCGCUAGCGGACUUGCUGAAUAGAGAUAACCGAUAUGGCUUUUUGUCAAUGGGUCCGUCGCAGGAUGGCCAAGAGAGAGGUGAUGCGCUGGGCGCAUUUGAGCAGGCGAAAAAUGUUUAUUCUUCAGUCAGAAGGACGAUACGGGCACCACAUUGGCCGUUUGGCUUCGAGGGUCUACCUGAGCUGUGA